CGCCGGUCCCCCGCCCCGCUCAGCCCGCAGCGCCGCUCGCCACCCGCUGCCGCCGCUCAGGAUGCGGUUCCGCCUCUUCUCCUUCGCCCUCGUCCUCCUCAACUGCAUGGAGUACGGCCACAGCCAGCCCGGCCGCUGGAGGCGCAGCAAGCGAGCUAGCUAUGGACCAAAUCCAAUCUGCAAAGGCUGUUUGUCUUGCUCGAAAGACAAUGGGUGCAUCAGAUGCCAGCAUAAGUUAUUCUUCUUUCUUCGAAGAGAAGGAAUGAGGCAAUAUGGUGAAUGCUUGCAUUCCUGCCCAUCAGGAUACUAUGGGCUCCGAACACCAGAUAUGAACAGAUGUUCACGAUGCAGAAUAGAAAACUGUGACUCCUGCUUUAGCAGAGACUUUUGUACCAAAUGCAAAGCUGGCUUCUAUUUGCACCGAGGCCGUUGUUUUGGAGGAUGCCCAGCUGGAUUUGCAGCAUUAGAGGAAACAAUGGAAUGUGUGGAGGGCUGUGAAGUGAGUCAGUGGAGUGAAUGGGGAACUUGCAGCAGAAAUAACAAAACAUGUGGAUUUAAAUGGGGUCUGGAAACAAGAACAAGGCAAAUUGUGAAAAAGCCAGCAAAAGACACAAUACCUUGCCCAACCAUUGCAGAGUCUAGAAGAUGUAAAAUGGCAAUGAGGCACUGUCCAGGAGGACGAAGGACAACAAAAAUGAAGGACAAGAGAAAGAAGAAAAAGAAUUUAAUGGAAAGGGCUCAGAAGCAACAUAGCAUCUUUCUAGCUACAGACAGAACAAGCCAGUAAAGACUUAAGGGAUUUUCUAUAUGUAUUUUCUUUGCAAAGUGCACAAAAGCUGCUAUAUGCUCCUGCACGCAGAUGCACUGUGGUUCAGCUGCUUUGACAGUAUUGGUUGCAAAUAACUUGUGAAAAAUGUCCACAAGCUUGUUUGUGUUAUUUAUACUUUUUUUUGUUUUUGAACAUGAAGGGCAGGAGCACACUGAGUUGAAUCAGUGGAAGUGGUGCCGAAGUUUAUCAAAGACUUUGAGUUCAGUGCCUCAGAGAUGGAAAUGGCCAAUAUGUCGACAAGGAACUGUAGCAGGAAAGACAUCUACAAAUCACCAUUAAAUAAUGAACUUGUGCAUAUUUAUAAACAAAAGAGGGGGUCUUGGAGGUGUAGGUACUAUUGCAUUUAUGGCCUUUGUUUCUUGUAUUUGUACAUUUCAAGAGUAAAAUGUAUACAACUACCUGCUUAGUGUUAAUGUGCAUUGUUCAUACCACCUGUUACAUUCAACACUUGUAUAAUAAAGCUGCUAUAAGAUGAUAUAUCACAGGAGUUACUGCUUAGUGUUCCAGGAGGACAGUUGACCCCAUCUGUACAUAUUAUUCUGUCUGCAUACAAAUAAACUUAUUUACUGUAAAUUAAUGCUUGCUUUUUGUGUGAAACAUUAUUACAUGUUUAAAUGUAUAUGAUAUUGGUUUCAGUAAUUCAUAAACAUAGUUCAGUAUAUGCUUUCUUCCUGUUUUAAAAGCUUCUACAUGUUUAUCAGCAGCUUCAGUUUUGUUUAUAAUGUCUAAAGCACUCUCAGAUGAACUAGCAUGCAUUGAUCUUCAGAACCGAUAGCAUCACAUUUGGAAUGUACAUUCCUAUAUCUUUAAUAAAACACAAGUCUUUUCAUGUC